AUUGAUAUGAUAAGAUUGUAGUAAUUACUGAAAGAGAAGAAUGGGGUGUACUCCAAGCACAGACAGAUCUAGCAGUACAUCUACUCCUGAACCUGAGAAUAAUAACAGUGUAAAGGAUUCUAACUUCUUACCAGAUCCUAAGUGCCAAGUUCAGAUCCGUCUGAGUCCAACUUCCAGUCAGGUUGACGAGGAUGGGGCUGGUAGACCUGCCAGGGUGGAAGUGAAGGAUGAGGCUGAGGAAAGGUUGAAAACUGGAGAGGAAGGGGAGAAUGAUCUAGAGGAGGAGGGACCUGGACAUGGUAUGCUCGGAGUCCUUGGUACAGAAGAAAUACAGGGAUUCGGUCCUGAUCAUCCGUUUGAAGACCCUAAUUUUCCAGCAGAACCCUCCUCUUUAUACUUCAGUUCUCGUAAUGAAGACGAACUUUGCCUGUACACAUGGGUGAGACCAAAAGAUUUAGUUCCAGAACCUCAUAUAUUUGUGGAUGGAACCUCUAGAAGAGAUGUGGUCCAGGGGGUACUAGGGGACUGUUGGCUGUUAUCAACUUGUGCUGCUCUUGCUAAACGUGAAGAUUUACUUUAUAGGGUGGUAGACCCACAUCAGACCCUGUAUGGUCCUGAGUAUACUGGGAUGAUAAGAAUAAAUAUCUGGAGAUAUGGUCGCUGGGUAACUGUAAUCAUAGACGAUAGAAUACCGCAAAAGAAUGGUUCCUACUGCUAUGCACGUUGUCUUGAUCCUGCGGAAUUCUGGGUUGCACUUGUAGAGAAAGCUUAUGCUAAAAUUCACGGAAGUUAUGAGGCAAUAGAGGGCGGAAUGCCUAUAGAAGCUAUGGUUGAUCUAACUGGAGGAUUAGCAGAAAGAUACGAGCUUAAAGAUAGCAGGAAGCAUAAAACUCUCUACAAAUAUCUCAGAAAAUCCUUUUCCUCCCAGGCGUUUAUCACCUGCUCUAGGAAAGGUGACUGGAAGAUGUCCCACAAGGCUGAUUCUAAUGGUUUAGUCCAGGGACACGCCUACACAAUUACAGGACUGUACAGAGUACACGCCCAGGAUCUAGGGCGGAUCUGUCUCCUUAGGAUCCGGAAUCCCUGGGGGGAUAAAAAUGAAUGGAAAGGUGCCUGGUCGGAUGGGGAUGAGCUAUGGUCUAAGGUUGAGGAGGAGAAGAAGCAUGAGAUGGGUUUACACUACAUGAAUGACGGGGAGUUCUGGAUGGAGUUCUUCACAGACUUUUGUAAUCAAUUCGAGGAAGUGAGUAUAUGUACCCUGGGUCCUGAUUUUGAUCAUGAUGGUCAGGUGGAUUCUGCUAAAUAUGUCAAGAUCAUUUUCGGAGAGUGGAUGACAGGGAUGACAGCUGGUGGGUGUAGGAAUGACUUGAACCGGUUUGCAACAAAUCCUCAAUUUCUUCUAAACAUCAAUCAAGCUGAACAGGAUGAGGAUGAAAGUGGUGCAGCUGACCCAAAAUGUCAAGUUAUCAUAUGUUUAGCUCAGGAGCAUAGAAGGAGUCAAAGAGAUAAAAAGGUAAAAAUGUUACAAAUAGGGUUCUGCCUGUACCGAGCAGGAGAAGGAGAAAACCGGUUAAAUCCUCAUCAUUUCCUUUAUAAUUACGAUUGUGGAACGUCAGGACCAUAUAUCAACUACAGAGAGGUUUUUGGAAGAUUUGAGUUAUCUGUCGGGAGCUACAUCAUAAUCCCAGCAACCUUUGAGUACGGAGUCUCAAGCAACUUUAUGAUUAGAAUCUAUGCUGAGAAACCAAUAGAUCUUAAGGAACUCAAGUGAGCCAAGUAAUUAAACUCUAAGGACCUCUAGUCAUUAGAUGUCAAGGACCUCUAGUCAUUAGAUGUCAAGGACCUCUAGUCAUUAGAUGUCAAG